UACUAAAAGUUUGAAAUGAGACCUGUCGUCACUCGGGAUUUAACUGGUCAUUCAGUUUUUUUUUCUUCCUCACGUCAAACCGGACGGCUAGCAGCGAAACGGGAAGAGAGACGAGAAGAAACCAAGUCAAUGGCAGCACCACAAGACACUGAAGAUGCCAGUGAGACAGAUCUUGCCAAACAUGAUGAGGAUGAUUAUGUGGAAAUUAAGGAACAAAUGUACCAAGAUAAACUCGCCUCCCUGAAAAGACAGCUGCAACAGUUACAAGAAGGUACGCUGCAAGAGUAUCAGAAGAGGAUGAAGAAGUUGGACCAGCAGUACAAAGAGAGACUUCGAAAUGCAGAUUUAUUUCUCCAACUUGAGACAGACCAGGUGGAGAGGAACUACAUUAAAGAGAAGAAGGCGGCGGUGAAGGAGUUUGACGAUAAAAAGGUUGAGCUGAAGGAAAACCUAAUCGCAGAACUGGAGGAAAAGAAAAAGAUGAUUGAGAACGAGAAGCUAACAAUGGAGCUGACAGGCGACUCAAUGGAGGUAAAACCCAUCAUGACACGGAAGCUGAGAAGACGACCCAAUGAUCCAGUUCCAAUCCCAGACAAGCGUAGAAAACCUGCACCAGCUCAGCUAAAUUAUUUGUUAACAGACGAGCAGAUAAUGGAAGAUUUAAGAACAUUAAAUAAGCUUAAAUCGCCAAAACCACCAGUGUCUCCCUCGUCUCCUGAACACAUCCCCUCUGCUCCCAUGGAGACCCCCUCCCAGCGGUACGAAGCCCGCAUCGAGGAGGGGAAACUUUACUACGAUAAAAGAUGGUACCACAAGAGUCAAGCCAUCUACCUAGAGUCAAAAGACAACACAAAGAUAAGCUGCGUCAUCAGCUCUGUAGGGACCAAUGAGAUUUGGGUGAGGAAAACCAGCGACAGUACAAAGAUGAGGAUCUACCUGGGGCAGCUGCAGAGGGGAACAUUCGUCAUCCGUCGACGGUCGGCUGCGUGAAACAUUCUCACUUCUCCCCAUCCAGUCCCAUCUGUUCGUCCAUCCUUCCAUCUUUUUGCUCGUUAGUUCCCCGUGUUGAUUCUUGUUUGUGUUCACCGGUCGGCCUUUUACUGGAAUCCUAACACACUACCCCCACACUGCACUGUUAAACAUGCUUAAAGCACGAGUGAUUCUGUACACAGCAGACUGGUUUCAGUAUUAUUUCUCACUUUUGUUUGUUGAACUGGUUAUCACUGCUGUCAUCACAAGGUUUUUAUUUUUAUUUUUUAUAAAAAACAGUUUUAUUUAAAGUUUUUAUCAUCAGCCUUUUGUUCACACAAAAAUUCUCAUACGAUGCUUCGCAGAGGAAGCUGUGAAAAACAGCAGGAACUGUCAGAUGUUGAACCAGCUGUCAUAAAUCAACCACUUGAAGUUAUUUUUACAUGUUUUUCAGAAUAUAUCUUUUACACUUAAGAAAUGGAGGCUUGUUCUGUGGAUGUUUGAAGGCUGUUUAUUAAAACUAAUGUCUUGUUUGGAAAAAAAAGAAUCUAAAAUUUACUUUUUUCUUGACUUUUUUAUGUUAUAUUCUCCAUAUGUAUAUGAGUUCAAGUGUAUUUGGAACUGGAACAAUGUUUGUUUCAUUUUAUUAAAAUAUUUCAGCUUUUUUUAAAUUAA